AUGUUCAUCUGCAAAUUGCAGUGCAUAUCUUCUCAAACCACAGGUCGUACACUGAAUUUAUAUGACCAACUGUCGAGAUAUCUACCAACAUCCCUCAUUCUCCAUAACUGUUUCAUUGAGUGGUCGGUCGAGAUCGAGAAUGGCAUGGUGAUAGCGUCACAUCGGAAAUCCCCAGGCUAUCUUUCGGGUAAUCUCCAUGAAACAAAAGAGAAGAAAGUCGGAGCUCUCUUGCCAAAAGCCAAGCUCAAGGGGAGAGAGCCUAUUACCGCCCUCAUCGAGUCUUGGUUGAGCGUCAUCCGGUAUCAUCCUCCCUCGUCCAUUCCCCAGGUCGAGAGGCGCCAGCCAAAAUCAAUUACGACCCGGCCAACAUUUCCAAACCGUAGUCACCAUGCACAUCCACCCCGCCACCCGCACACCCUGCAGCACCGAGUAAAGCCGCAGCCGACAGGGGGCGACCAUACGCGCUGGACCUACACUUCAGCUCCAGCGAUACUAGGAUCUGUGGUUUAG